GUGGUGUUUGGAAACUAGACCAUGUGCCUAGGUAGAUGCUCCUUUCUCCGCAGCGCCACACCCCCUGCGCCGCUCGCCACACCCUUGUUUUGAGAACCUCUCUGAGUCAGUCCGGGAGCAAUCUGCAGACGUGUAUUUGGAAGCCACUGGACCAGAUCAUUUCUGAGGUCCCCUUCAGCUCUAACAUCCUCCCCUGCCAGCGUUCAGCCAUGGGGGAUAUGAAAACUCCAGAUUUUGAUGACCUUCUGGCUGCCUUUGACAUCCCAGACCCCACCAGCCUUGAUGCCAAGGAGGCCAUCCAGACCCCCAGCGAGGAGAAUGAGAGCCCCCUCAAGCCCGCAGGCAUGUGCAUGGAGGAGAGCGUGUCUUUGUCUCACUCAGGAUCAGCCUCCGAUGUGCCGGCCGUGAGUGUCAUUGUCAAGAACACCAGCCGCCAGGAGUCGUUCGAAGCGGAGAAGGACCACAUCACUCCUAGCCUCCUCCACAAUGGGUUCCGGGCCUCGGACCUGCCUCCAGACCCCCCCAACCUGGGCCACAACUGUGGGAAGUUUGACUCCACUUUCAUGAAUGGAGACAGUGCCAGGAGUUUCCCUGGCAAGCUAGAACCUUCCAAGUCAGAGCCGUUGCCAACCUUUAACCAGUUCAGUCCGAUCUCCAGCCCAGAACCCGAGGAUGCCAUCAAAGAUAAUGGGUUUGGAAUGAAGCCCAAGCACUCUGACGGUUACUUCCCACCCCCUCCUGGGUGUGGGCCUGUGGGGGGCCCAGUCCUGGAGGCUCUGGCGAAGUAUCCAGUCCCAGAGCUGCAUAUGUUUGAUCACUUUUGUAAGAAAGAGCCCAAGCCAGAGCCUCUGCCCCUGGGGAGUCCGCAGGGACAGGAGCGAGGGGGGCAGAAGGUGGGGGAGCCUCACAAGGAGCUGGAUGCCAGUCGGUUCUUUGGGGAAGCUUUGGAAUUCAACAGCCACCCCAGCAACAGUAUCGGAGAGCCUAAGGGGCUCGCCCUGGAGCUCGGCACCUGCUCAUCAGUCCCCCCUAGGCAGCGUCUGAAGCCAGCGCAUUCUAAGCUGUCCUCUUGUGUUGCAGCCUUGGUGGCCCUGCAGGCCAAAAGAGUGGCCAGUGUCACCAAGGAGGAUCCACCUGGCCACACGAAGGAUCCCUCAGGGCCCAUGAAAGAGGGCUCCAAAGGCAGCCCGAAAAUGCCCAAGUCACCAAAGAGUCCCCGGAGCCCCCUGGAGGCCACUAGAAAGAGCAUCAAGCCCUCCGACAGCCCUCGGAGCAUCUGCAGUGACAGCAGCAGCAAAGGCUCCCCCUCAGUGGCCGCCAGCUCCCCCCCAGCAAUUCCCAAAGUCAGGAUCAAAACCAUUAAGACAUCAUCAGGGGAGAUCAAGCGGACCGUCACGAGGAUCCUGCCGGAUCCUGACGAUCCCAGUAAGUCUCCUGUUGGGUCCCCUCUAGGGAGCACCGCUGCUGAGGCCCCCAGCGAGGUGCCAGAGGAGGAGGUGACGGCCUUGCCUGCGGUGGAGCGCUCUCCUGAGCGGGGUGCAAACACUGGGAGCCCCCAGGGCGACAAGAAGGGGGAUGAGGGUGAGCCGAAGGCCGGCGGAUCUUCGUCUCCCUGCGGCAGCCCCGGGUCUCGGGCCCCGAAGGGGGCUGCCCCCGGCCCCCAGGCGGGCAAGAAGCAGCAGAGUGCAGCGCCCUCCACGCCGGCCCCCGCCAGCCUCCUGCCCAAGGCCGUGCACCUGGCCAACCUGAACCUGGUGCCCCACAGCGUCGCUGCGUCGGUCACGGCCAAGUCCUCGGCGCAGAGGCGGAGCCAGCCGCAGCUCCCCCAGAUGUCGGUGCCGCUGGUCCACCAGGUGAAGAAGGCCGCCCCGCUGGCCGUGGAGGUCUUCAACAAGGUCCUGCACAGCUCCAACCCCGUGCCCCUCUACGCGCCCAAUCUCAGCCCGCCGGCGGACAGCAGGAUCCACGUGCCGGCCAGCGGCUACUGCUGCCUGGAGUGUGGGGACGCGUUCGCCCUGGAGAAGAGCCUGAGCCAGCACUACGGCCGGCGGAGCGUGCACAUCGAGGUGCUGUGCACGCUGUGCUCCCAGACACUGGUCUUCUUCAACAAGUGCAGCCUGCUCCGGCACGCCCGCGACCACAAGAGCAAGGGGCUCGUCAUGCAGUGCUCGCAGCUGCUCGUGAAGCCCAUCUCUGUGGACCAGAUGUUCGCGUCCGCCCCCGUGAACGCCCCAGCCCCGGCCGCCCCUGCCACCCCUGCCACCCCCGCCUCCCCCAAACCCGGCCCGGCCCCGGGCGCUGCCAGCCCAGCCCUUCCGGCCUUGCCGCUCUACCCGGACCCCGUGAGGCUCAUCCGGCACGGGAUCAAGUGUCUCGAGUGUCACAGGCAGAUACGCGACUACAUGGCCAUGGCUGCACACUUCCAGAGAACGACGGAGGAGACCGAGGGGCUGACUUGCCCGGUGUGCCAGAUGCUGCUGCCCAACCAGUGCAGCUUCUGCGCCCACCAGCGGAUCCACGCGCACAAGUCCCCCUACUGCUGCCCGGAGUGCGGGGCCCUCUGCCGCUCGGCCUACUUCCAGACCCACGUGAAGGAGAACUGCCUGCACUAUGCCCGCAAGGUGGGCUACAGGUGCAUCCACUGUGGGGUCGUCCACCUGACCUUGGCCUUGCUGAAAAGCCACAUCCAGGAGCGACACUGCCAGGUUUUCCACAAAUGUGCAUUCUGCCCCAUGGCCUUCAAGACUGCCAGCAGCACCGCGGACCACACCGCCUCUCAGCACCCCACCCUGCCCCACAGACCCUCCCAGCUCAUUUAUAAGUGCUCCUGUGAAAUGGUCUUCAACAAGAAGAGACACAUUCAGCAGCAUUUUUACCAGAACGCCAGCAAGACGCAGGUGGGCGUCUUCAAGUGCCCCGAGUGCCCGCUCCUGUUCCUGCAGAAGCCGGAGCUGAUGCAGCACGUCAAGAGCACCCACGGUGUUCCCCGGAACGUGGACGAGCUGUCCAGCCUCCAGUCUUCAGUGGACACGGCCCCAAGCCGGCCCGGCUCUCGAGUUCCCACCGAACCCCCACCUGCCAGCGUGGCGGCCCGCGGCAGCUCCUUGUCCUCCGGCCGCUGGGGCAGGCCUGAGGCCCAUCGCAGGGCCGAGGCCAGGCCCCGGCUGAGGAGCACUGGCUGGACCUGCCAGGAGUGUCAGGAGUGGGUUCCUGACCGGGAGAACUACGUGUCCCACAUGAAGAAGAGCCACGGUCGGACGUUGAAGCGGUACCCGUGUCGGCAGUGCGAGCAGUCCUUCCACACCCCCAACAGCCUGCGCAAACACAUCCGCAACAACCACGACACCGCGAGGAAAGUCUACACUUGUGGGUACUGCACGGAGGACGGCCCCAGCUUUCCUCGGCCCUCUCUGCUGGAGAGCCACAUCAGCCUUAUGCAUGGGAUCAGAAACCCCGAUUUGAGCCAGACGUCCAAAGUCAGACCUCCGGGAGGACAUUCCCCUCAGGUGAGUCAUCUGAAAAGACCAGGCAGCGGAGCCGGGGACGCUGCGGGCACCAGCAAUGGCGCGGCCGUCUCUUCCACCAAAAGGCACAAGUCCCUGUUCCAGUGCGCCAAGUGCGGCUUUGCCACAGACUCGGGGCUCGAGUUCCAGAGCCACAUACCUCAGCACCAGGCGGACAGCUCCACGGCCCAGUGUCUCCUCUGUGGCCUGUGCUACACCUCUGCCAGCUCCCUCAGCCGCCACCUCUUCAUCGUCCACAAGGUGAGAGACCAGGAGGAGGAGGAGGAGGAGGAGGAGGAGGCCACGGCGGAGGCGGCGGAGCCGGAGGAGGGCUCCGGGGAGGAGGCGUCCAUGGAGACCAGGGAGAACGGACUGGAAGAAUGUGCCGGAGAGCCUUUGUUCGGUGACACAGAGGCCAGGUCACUGGGCCCAGCUCCUGCGGAGGAUGGAGCCCAGGACGCUCAGAGUCAACCACCGGCCCCUCAGGACCAGGACAGCCACACCCCAUCCCCUCAGGUGUGACCGGAGGCUUUGCAGUGUGCGCGGCCGGAGGGGUGCGCCGGCGUCCCCUGUCCGCCGUGGGGAUGAUGGGAAAUACAAGGCGGUGCCCCGGGGUGCCCUGGGUGUCUCCCAGCCCUGUGCAGCGUGUGGUCACCCGGGGCCCUGACGAUCUGAAUUUGCUUUUGUUAUUUAUGGCUUUGUGCUGCUUCUUGGUACCCCAGCUCUUGUCUGUGUCCUUCCAGCCCCAGGCCACGUAGGUGGCCCAGCCCCAGCGCCGUCACCUCGGCUCAAGACCCCUUGGCGCCGUGCUCUUCCGGGAGGUCCCUGCUUGCUGCCUUUAGCCAGGGCUGUGCUGGGAGUCCCGGGGGUGCAGACGGCCUUUCUGCUUCAUGCCAGCAGAGCUGGAGAGGGGUGAGGGUGCGGCCCUCCUGGGGCCUCCGCCCGGGCUGGCCUGGGGGGGGUGCAGUCACCCUGCCCUCCCUUCCUAUCUUCUCAGAUUCUUUUUCCCAAAAACAGUUCUGGAGAAGUGUCACCCCAGCCCUCCUGUCUGCGUGGGUGGAAGAAGGUUGUGCAGCACACGUCUGUUGGGGCCCUGGGGGGGCAGGCGCUGCUGCCCAGGCAGGCAGGCACCGGGAGGCAGACCCCCUUCAGGAGGAGCUGGGCGCCCCCGUUCUGCUGCUGUCCUGCCUUUCCUGACAAGUGGGCCUGGGGGCACACGGACAUCGGAAUCCUUGUGCUCCGGCUCCUGUGCCCUUAGAGAGGCUGCGGCUCCGGGCAGGCCGGCCCCUCCUCCUCUUGGCUACACUCAUGUUGCUCAGACGAUAUUUCAAAUAAAAAAUCUUCGUACCAUGCAGGUGGGCUCUUGUGUUCCUCCUCAGGUGAGCCUGGCCCCGCCCUGCUCCACGUAAGAGCCUCUCGCCCACUUCUGUUGCUGUCCCGUCUCUGGGGGGCCCCGAAGGUCGUCUCCAGGUCCUGGAGCCAUGGUUAGGAAGCGAGCCGUGUGGAACUUGGUCCUUUAGAAACCUUGCGAGGGCGUGGGGGAGGGUCUUCAUGCCGGUCAGGAGUCGCCCGCAAGGUCUCCUGGGGUCAGCAGCCCUGGCAGGAGGGCCCAAUCAAAACGUUUUGGGCACCUCCGCAGACCGGUGGCCGUGGGGCGGGCCGAGGGUCGCGGGGAGCUUCUGCAGUUAUGUGGCGUUCGGGAGGGCUUGCUGUGCUGCCGCCGCAGGGAGCUCUCGGGUGCACAGACUCGGGGUCAGCCAGGCGCCUGGGCCGUCUCCACUGCUGACUGUCGGGUCCCCGCGCAGGUGCCCCCGUGCUCUGGCGCAAGCUGCUGCUGCGGCGCCGCGUGGCCGGGGUGCAGGGCUGGGCCUGGCCGAGUCCCAGGCCGCGGAGGGGAGCGGUGCCGGCCGCGUUGUCACAGGGGCCCUCUCGAGGGAGUCAGAUAGGCACGCCUGGCCUUCUCACAACUAAAAAGUACAUUUUCUGUCAAAUGCCAGAUUUUUAGUGGAAAUGUGAAUGGCACGGAGAGCCACUAGCGUGUGCCUCAGUUUCCAGGAGACUCUGCCAUCCCUGCUUCCCAGGCAGGCAGUGAGGCAAGCUGGGCCUGAGGCCGCCGCCCACAGAGCCCACGGCCACCCAGGUUGGCUGCCGCCCCUUUCCUGGCUCCACCACAGGGCCUGCCCUGCACCCCGCGGUCCAUUCGCAGGUGCAGAUCACAGAGGAGGCUCUGCGAGGGGUUUGAGAUGGAUUGGCGCCUCUCCUCCCACUCGGAAAUGGUGUGGGGGGUGUGGGGGAGGGCACGGCCACCUUGCGGCCUCGGCCACCCGUCCUGACCCAGAUCCAGCUCUCUUUCCUGGGACUGGGGUGGGGCCGGAAGUCUGAGCUCCUCCCCCGGGAACCUGGCCCACAUCCUGGGUGCUGCCCUCCAUCAGCUCUUAGCAAAGCCCCUCACCUCACUGCUCAGCCCCUUCCAGACAGUCCUGGUGGUUCCCAUGCAGCUCGCUGCACAGGCGUUCGUGGGGUGAGGCACGGGGGACCUUUUCUGAGUUUGUGAAACACUAACUGCGUGAACGCAAGCAGUUCUUGCCUUUAGGGCCGGGAGGGUGGGGCGCCCCUCCCCGGUGUUCAGGCUGGGAUGGGGGUGGUCAGCCAUGCCUUGCCUGGGACACGUAUCCAUGUAGCAGCAGUGGUGGCGAUGGCCCUGCAGGCCCUGCUUGUGCACCCCACAUCUUGCUAAAUACUUCUGGUGGCUUCCAUCUAGUCCUCACAAGGACCUCACAGACAGAAAACCGCAACUCCGAGAGGUCAGAGGACCUGCCAGGCCCCCUGUAAGCGCUGGUGCCGAGUCAAGCCCCAGGGGUCCCCAAGUCCUGUGCUUGUGGCGUCAGGCCCUGGGCUGCCUCAGAGCCCCGGCUGCUCGUCCACACUGUGCAGCCACCCACACGCCUGCUUUCCUACCUCCCCUGUGGUCGGGGUGCCCCACCGAGCGCCCCGUUCUCUUUGGAGUCAGUCUGCGCCGAGUCAUCCCAAGGAGAACCCUGCACGGAACUCGUGUGUGUGACCCUCUGUGACCUCUCAUUCACAUCGGGUGUACCUUGCAUUUGAAGAAUAUUUCUGGGCGGGGGGGCACCAUCCCAGAAAACAUGGUUCCCUCAGGGUCCAAUAUCUUCUGAUCUUUUCUUUUUUUCAGAUGUUUUUAAUGGGUGUGCUAUCAUAUCGUUUGUUAUCAUCAGAAAACUCUUGCUGUAACAAGCACUUAUCUGCACAUUAGCUGAUCAAGUUAAACAGAGAAGAUCCCCAUCCUUGUAGAAACAACCUAAUACACUGUAAGGCUUGACGAAUGACUCGUGUUUAUUUUCCAACUGCUUUGUCUCUGUAAAAUGACGUGCCGAAUCACUAUAAUUGGUGUAGAAAGAACUGUUCCCUUAACUUAUGUAAACAGUCUGGUUUUGAAAACUUCACAGUUGUGGCUCAGCGAGUUCCCGACACGCUGCCUUCCCCUCGAGAGAGGAGCCCGGCACAGCCCCGUUCAUCACUGUAUAUCCCGCUCUGGGCGCGCUUUCUUUGACUCGUUUUUGAAUUUGUUGUUGUUUUGAAAAAUUAUACAUAUACAUGGUAAGACAUCUGAACAGUACGAAAGAGUGAGUAUACAACGAGGAGUAAGCUUCCGAUCGGAGGUCAGCCUGCGGCUCCCCAGCCCACCUCCAGGGCUCAUCACUGUUACCUAGGUCUCGUGUACCCUUUCUCGGCAACUCUAUGCAUUUACAAGUUUAUAAAUAUGUAUAUUUAUAUAUCUAUUUUUAAUACAAAUGGUAGCAUUCUA